AUGAAGCAAUCCAUGCUCACUUCCAUUGUUGCUCUCGCAGCUUCAUGCUCCGGAGUUCAAGCCGCUAAUGGCUUGAUUAACGUGCCCGUUAAUCUCUGCGCAGCCAUCCUUGGAAAGGCCGAAUGCGACCAGAAGACCGUUAGCAAUGGCUUGAUUAGCGUGCCUGUCAACGCAUGUGUUGCAGUCCUUGGAAAAGCCAAGUGUGAACAGAUCGCUUUGUCUCCCAGGAGCGAGGAUGGUGGGCUGAUUAGCGUGCCCGUGAAUCUCUGCGCAGCCAUCCUCGGAGAGGCUGAAUGCAAGCAAAAAGCAGCCACCAGUGGUGGGUUAAUUGACGUGCCUGUUAAUGUGUGUGCUGCCGUCCUUGGAAAAGCCAAGUGCGACCAGGUUGCUUCCUCUUCCAGCAGCAGCGGUGACGGUGGCCUCAUUAGCGUGCCCGUUAACCUCUGCGCGGCCAUCCUCGGAGAGGCCGAAUGCAAGCAGAAGACAGCCACUAGUGGUGGCCUGAUUGAUGUGCCUGUUAACGCGUGCGCCGCAGUCCUUGGAAAAGCCAAAUGUGACCAGGUCUCUUCCCCUUCCUCUCCCUCCUCUUCCGGCGGCAGCGGUGAUGGUGGCCUGAUCAAUGUGCCCGUUGGACUAUGCGCUGCCAUCCUUGGAGAGGCUGAGUGCAAGCAGAAGACGACCACCGGUGGUGGAUUGAUCAACGUGCCUGUUAACGCGUGCUUGGCUGUCCUUGGAAAAGCCAAGUGUGACCAGGCCUCUUCCUCUUCCAACGGCGGCGGCGGUUCGCUGAUCAAUGUGCCGAUCAAUGUUUGCCUGGCUGUCCUCGGUGAGGCUCACUGCCAGCAGAGCUCCGGCUCUAAUGGUGGUCUGAUCAAUAUCCCCGUCAACCUGUGCCUGGCUGUGUUGGGUGAGGUUGAUUGCCAUGAUGCAUCAUCCACCCCGCCCACUGCCACCCCAUCGAAGCCCACUGGCCCGGUCGUAAUUCCAGGUGAGACUACCGUCCCUGGCGUUGUGCCCGGUGAGACCACCCCCGUCGUUGUCCCAAGCCACACUACCGUCCCUGGCGUUGUUCCAGGCGAGACUACCGUCCCCGGCGUCGUGCCCGGUGAGACCACCCCCUGUGUUGUGCCAGGCGAGUCUACCGUCCCCGCCUCUGAGGCUUCUACCACCCCGGGCUUGACUGGCCCCGAGGGACCCGGCUCUGCUCCUUCUGGCGGUGCCUCCGCCUCGGUUCCUACAUACACCCACGUUUCUUCCGUCACCGUGGGACGCCCAACCCCCACCGGCGCUUUCACCCGUGUCACUCCCACCUUCACCAAUGUCGUCACUGUCUGCAAUGCUGCCUGCCAUGCAUCCAAGACCUCUACCGGCCUUGUGGCUCACACUUCUCCUGUCUCCGGUGGCAACGAGGGCAAGCCCAGCACCGGCGCCAGCGCCAGCCCCAGCAUCAUUCCGUUCAACGCGGCCGGCCGUGCUACUUUGUCCGGUGUUGCCAUGGUGUUCGGAGCUAUCUGCGCUGUUGCUAUGCAGAUCUAA